UCGUGUAAAUAUACACAAAUAAAAAACAUCAUUAUAAAUUCAUUACCGUUCAUUAUAUCCAUCGGUGUCCGUUCUGCAGUCGAAUAAAAAAAAAUUCACUUUAAACAGCUCACAAGAUAACUCUACAAACUAUCUAGUCCAACAAAAACUUAAUGAGCCUGAUAUUCAACCACAAAAUAUUUUACCAUACUCAAGCCCCAACGAAAUCUUAAACAUAAUCAAAAAAUUACCAAAAAGAAAAUCACCCGGACACGAUUUAAUCACUAAUACUAUCCUAAAAAAUAUUCCCAAAAAAGCGAUAACAUAUUUGUCCAUCUUAUUCAAUUCCCUAAUAAAAAUUGGAUACUUUCCUACAGAAUGGAAAUUGGCCACAAUAAUACUGUUCAAAAAACCAGGUAAAGAUAAUUCUAAUCCCAGCAAUUACAGACCUAUAAGCCUACUGUCCUCAAUUUCAAAAAUAUUUGAAAAAAUUAUUCACUUAAGGCUUACUAAUUACUUAAAUGCAAUAAAUGCUAUCCCUCAUUUCCAAUUUGGAUUCAAAUCAAACCACUCCACUGCUCAACAACUUCUGCGACUAACGGAGCAUAUAAAUGAUGGAUUUGAAAAAAAACUACAUACAGGGGCAGCCUUCUUAGACAUAGCCCAAGCCUUCGAUCGGGUCUGGCACGACGGACUUUUAUAUAAAUUAAAAACAUUAAACACUCCAACCGCAUUAUAUAAUCUAAUUAAAUCCUACCUCUCCGAUCGCUGCUUUAAAGUUCGAAUCAACGAUACUACAUCGGGAACAAAACAAAUUAACGCAGGAGUACCACAAGGUUCAAAAAUUUCACCUUUACUUUUUAACUUAUACGUCUCGGACUUCCCUACAACAAAUAAUACUGAAGUAGCACUAUACGCUGAUGACAGUGCUAUAUACUCAAGCGCCAAAGACACCGAAACAAUAACCCAAAAUAUUCAAGCCCACCUGAAUGAAAUUCAAAAAUGGGGAGAUAAAUGGAAAAUUAUGUUAAACCCUCAUAAGAGCACUGCGGUACUCUUCUCCAACCGACGCCCGAAAACUCCUGGUAACUUAAAUUUGUGCGGUAAUAAUAUACCUUGGUCACCUAAAAUAAAAUACCUAGGUGUAGUUCUGGACAGAAAAUUAACUUGGAAUCCUCAUAUCACCUCCAAACUACAACAAGGAUACCAGAGGCUAAAAAUACUAUACCCAUUGAUCAACCGACAAACUGCUUUAAGCUGGAGAUGUUCUCUUUUAUUAUAUAAACAAAUACUACGACCGUUACUUCUAUACGCAGUCCCUGUGUGGGGAAAUUGUGCAAAAACCCACAUCCACAAAAUACAAGUCUUCCAAUCAAAAGUUUUGAGAACCAUUUCUAAUGCUCCUUGGUUUGUACGAAAUGAUGCACUUCAUAAAGAUUUUCAGCUACCCACAAUAACAGAGUACAUAAAAAAAUUAACUAUCAACUUCUUCGAUCACAUCAAUUAUGCUCAUAGUGCGAAAUUCUAUAAACUAAGUGACCCACCUUCUGUACGCCGACUCAAGCGUGGACGCCCACACGACCUAUUGUUAUAACUAUUAUUUAUUAAUAUAUUAUUAUUUUUGUUUUUUUUUUUUUUUUUUUUCUCUUCCGUUUUGUAAAUAUUUUAAAACGUAGUCGAUAGUUUCUAUUUUUACUAAUAAUUUUUCUAAUUAUUACUAAUUGUUAUAUUUUUUCCAAAUGUUAAAAAAAAAAAAAAAUGUAUCUAAUCACACUAAGUUAAGAUGACAUAUGUCAGUAAAACUUUAUUUUAAUAAAAAUAAAAAAAAAAUAAAAAAAAAAAAAAUUAAUUGUUCAUUUGAACAAUCUAACAGUCUAUCAAUUUUCUUAAAAAUAUGAAUUUCUUUCACACUGAAAGUUUCACGUUGACGUUCAAUAUUAUUUGAUGCAACGAUGAGUUCACAUGUCGACAGUGUCUUUCACUAAAUAUUGUGAACGUGAUUAUCGCUGGUGGAUUAAGAUUGCAAUAUUGUUAUCGUUAUACAUGAUAGAAUAUUAAAAUCAAAAGGAAGCCAGAUAAAAAUAAGCACAUUGUAAUUAAUCGAUUGAAAUUUAUUUAAUUUCACAGUCUAAUUAGAAGGUGCAUGUAUAAAUAAUUCGUGGAUAUUUAAUUCUUCUCACAAUUGCAGCCAAAGGUUAAGUGAGGUAAAUAAUUGUAUAUGAUAUAUACCUACUCUUAUAAAGAACAAUUAAAAAACAAAAUUACCAUCUAUCAAUUAUUUAAAUCAUAAUGUGCAUUUCCCGUCCAACAAUAUUAGUAUUAACCACAGGCUAAUGACCUAGCCGUUGAAGCCUUUAAUACCAAUAAAAAAAAAAUAAAAAUAUUAGUAUUCAGCGAUUGUGAUAAUAAUAUAUACAGUAUAUAGGUACAGGUACUUAAUACUCAUAUAUCUAUUGUGAAUUUCAACCCCGAGCGAGCUCUUCUCCGAUUAUUAGCAACCACUUGUGGCGUCACGCUAACAACAGGAAUAAAACGUGUGUAAAAAAUAUGAUGAUGACGUGUACUUAAUACUUAAUAGUAUAAUUGUGUGUAAAAUAUGAAUUUGAUUUUUUUCCCAGAUCGUCCCGUAAAGUGUUUUGUUUUUCCGUACAAAAAUUUCUUUAACGAAGACAAUAAUAAUAAUAUUUAAUUGUAUACAAUACAAAUCCAUUAUAAUAUUAUUAUGUCACAUCCGUCGCUGCUGACGAUCGCUUAUUUGUUUGCAUUUGCGUUUGGGUUACUGACCGUUCUAUUGCAGUCGGUCGAUGGUGCGGGAGCCGACGUCGGAGAUCAUAUUUUGCAGCGGGAUGCCGCCACCGACCCGAUACCCGGUCUUUGGUUGUCCGAUCUGUUAUACCGUGCGCUGGCCAACUUCACUUUGCGGCGGGCGGACGGCACGGCUUGCCGCCGCCAAACCACCAUGUACGAGGAGCAUUUGAACAAUCACACCAGUUGGGCCGUCAGAAUGCUAGAAUCCUGGGACCGAUAUCCAGUCGGUUUACUUGCGGGGAACACAUAUCAAAUGGGAGUCUAUGACGAAUGUGUGGACAUACGUUAUCCAGUGAAAGGACAGUAUUGUUUGUCUGAAAUAAAAUUAAUUCCACCUGCAGGAAAAAAUUACAGCUUCAAAAGAACGGAAGAUUUAGACGAUUUCGGUAACAACCAUGCAUGGAAAACCAUACUUGGGUGGGCCGAUUACCAGGACCAAGUGCAACGAAACCUUUUGAAUUUGGGAAUAUGUAUACCGGACGCUUGUUCAGCGUUGGACCUACAGACAUCUCUACAAAGUGAAUUUGACGAGGUGUUUUCCCCAGAACAGUUCAAAAUUGUCGUCAGAGUAGACCAGAUAAAGUGCAGGGUCCGCGAAGAUAUGUAUCCCUACGACACGGCGUAUUACGUAACUUGGUGGAUAUUUGCACUGCUCGUUCUGAUUUGUUGCGGUGCGACGUUACACCAUUUAAUUAGAAUGUCGUACCAACAAAAUACUAAUGAAAACGGUGAAGUGCCAAGUUCAUUUCUCUACGAAUUUUCAGCAAUCGAGUCAAUUAAAACAUUGUUGAAAUUCGACAAAGACAAUAAAUUAAAUUUUUUUUAUACCACAAAAGUAUUCACGAUGCUUCCUGUUAUAUGUGGACACAAAUUUUUUAUUUUGGUGUCGAAUCCAAUAAGUAAUCCCAAGUUUAUAGAAAAUGUAUACCUCAAGGGACCAGCUCUGCUGUUGACUGGUUUGAACAUCGUCGAUCCAUUCUUCUUCAUGAGCGGUUUCGUCUUAUACAUUAACCUUUCUCGAGAAUUUCGUAAACAAAAGGACGAAACGGUUUGGAAGACACUCUUGUUGCCAAUUAUACAGCGAAUAAUCAGAAUGUUACCGGCUUAUUGCGCGGUGAUGGCCAUCACGGCGCAUAUUAUACCCCACCUCGGAGACGGUCCACUGUGGCCACAUAAGUCGUGGGAAGAAGCAGAUAUAUGCAAGAACUAUUGGUGGACCAACCUGUUGUUCAUAAGCAAUUUCGUUGACGUCAAGCAUCAGUGCCUCAUAAUGAGCUGGUACUUAUCGUGUGAUAUUCAGUUUUUCGUAAUCGGAGUUAUUGUCGUUUAUGUUUACACGAAAAACCCAAAUUAUGGAAUCGCAUUGCUUGGCACAAUAAUUGGUUUGUCGAUAUCCGUGCCGUUCAUAAUCACUCUUUUGACGGGAAGAGAUGGAAUGGAUAAAUUUCCUAUACCAUACAUAUUGUACACGAGAAAUAUUUUAUCGUUAAAUAAGUCGUACCGACCAAGUUACAUGCGGGCCACGCCAUUCUUUGGAGGCUUGGCCAUGAGCUUUGUAGUGGAAAAACUGAAGGAAAAAAAAGUGAAAUUUUCACAAACGUUGGUUCACGGCGGAACAUUUUCCAUUAGCACGUUUACUUUAUGGGUUCAGUCUUACGGCACUGUAUUCUAUGAGAGAAAUAGACCUUAUUAUCCAUUAGAACAUGCCUUGUACUCAACUAUCUGUCAUUGUACGUGGGCAGUAGCGGGUAUAUGGAUUACCAUAAGUUAUUUCACGUCUGGCUACGGUCUACUUGAAAAUUUGAUUCGCAAUAAAUUUGUUAUGAUUAUGGGGAAACUCUCAUACUCCGUUUUGUUGGUGAACAUAACUGUUAUGCUAACAUCUCAGAAUUCACAGAGGUUACCAGUUCAUCUGUCGUCAAGAUAUGUGUUUGAAGCUUAUCUCUAUGAUGCAUUCAUGUGUUAUCUGAUGGCCAUCAUCUUAUAUUUGGUUGUUGAUGAGCCGUUUGCGAAAUUGACUAAAAACCUGAUUAUCAGAGGAAAAGUAAAAGCUCGUUGAUCAAGAAUGGAACACCGAUCGAAAAACCAGCUACCUGUUGCAGCAGUAAAACUGUUAAAAAAAAUUAGAUUAUCUUAUAAUAAGUAGUGGGUCAGUUAUGAAAUGUUAGCAAUUACACCAUAAUGUAUGAUAAUAUAGUUAAUAAAGUUAUGGCCUUAUGUAUCGGUAGGUACAAGUGUACAGCAGUAAUACUAUUAUUGAGUAGCACUGUAGCAUUCUGUGCAGUGUGCAACUAUUGCGUACCGUACCUACCUAUGAUAAAAUUUAAAUAUUUAAAUAAUUAUUAUAAUUGUAAUCUGUUUUAAAUUUGAAGCAAGUUAUAUGAUCUAUCAGCUAUCUACAAUCAUCUUAACGUAAAAUUUGCAAUAUUAUGAUGCGUUAGUUGUAAGACGGAUAUAACACAUGGGUACCACAUGCAUGAAUAACGUGCUCUUAAUAGUAAUA